AUGUCUAUCACCACAGCAGCAGGAAGCGAUCCGCUCACCGCAGGGCUGAGUGCAGUCCCCGUACAACAUGAAGACAAGACAGUGUCUCCUUUGAAAUUUGCCGAUAUUGGCAUUAACCUGAGCGAUCCUAUUUUCCAAGGGGUCUAUCAUGGCAAGAAGGCUCAUGAUAAUGAUCUACCACAAAUCGUCGAGCGUGCUCUGGGAGCUGGAUGCAGAAAGCUCAUGGUCACAGGGUCUGACCUUGAAGAGUCCCAGAAGGCCAUUGAUUUGGCUGAGCAAUACCCCGGUCUCUGCUAUGCCACCGUAGGAGUGCACCCUUGCUCCGCCAUGACCUUCGAGAAAUACGCCGAAGGUCCCGAUGCGUUAUUGUCCGCCCUUCGCGACCUCGCCAUCAAGACCAAGACCGCCGGCACCGCAGCAGCAUACGGCGAGUUUGGUCUCGACUAUGAUCGCUUGCACUACGCCGACAAAGACACACAAAUCAAAUACUUCCGCAAGCAACUCGAUAUCGCUGUUGAGGUACAGCUUCCACUGUUCUUGCACUCACGUGCUGCAGCAGAAGACUUCGAGGCUAUUCUGAAAGAGAGACUCGACGAGUUACCGAAAAGAGGAUGCGUACACAGCUUCACGGGAACAUUGGAAGAGAUGAAGAGAAUUGUGGACAUGGGCUUCGACGUCGGUAUAAACGGAUGCAGUCUCAAGACUGAAGAGAAUGUUGAGGUCGUCAGAGAAGUUCCUCUGGAGCGAUUGCAAAUCGAGACAGACGGGCCUUGGUGUGAGAUGCGACCUUCACACGCUUCGGCGAAAUAUCUAAAGGAUGCACCUCAGUUGCCCAAGGCUGUCAAGAAGGAGAAGUGGACAUCUGAAAACAUGGUAAAGGGCAGAAACGAGCCUUGCACCAUCCCAAAUGUGGCCUAUGCUAUCGCCAACAUCAAGGGCAUUUCGGUCGAAGAAGUUUGCGAAGCCGCCUGGAACAAUUCCAUCAAGAUGUUCGGUCUCGGUGAGAAGUAGAUUUGAGAUAGACUUGCAGCUAGAUUUCCACCAUAGAUCGGACCAUCUUACAAUAUUAAGAAUACAUCUCGGAAGUAUAUGCCGAAAGACAUGUAAUAUCUCGGGGCAAGAUGCCCCAGAU